UCAGUUGUUUCAAAUCGAUAGAGAGUAACACAAUAACAUCACUGGUUUAUCUUGAUUACAUUUUUCACCAUGGAUCGAUUCCGGCGCCUUUUCAAACACCCAUUUUGUAACAUAAUUGGCAUGAUCCAUCUUCGAGCGUUGCCAGGAACACCGAAAUCUUCUUUGAGUAUAGGUGCUAUACGAGACAUUGCAUGUAGAGAAGCUGAGCUUUAUUUGCAAUAUAACUUGGAUGGAAUAAUAGUCGAGAAUAUGCAUGAUAUACCUUAUGUCAAGGGUCCAAUCAGUCCAGAGAUUAUUGCCGCCAUGACUAGGAUCUGCUCAGAUGUUAAACAAAUCUUACCUAACACACCUUGUGGCAUUCAGGUAUUAGCUGCUGGAAACAAGGAGGCAAUAGCAAUAGCAGAUGCUGCUGGAUUUGAUUUUGUUCGGUGUGAAGGUUUUGUUUUUGGUCAUGUUGCUGAUGAGGGUUACAUAGAUUCAUGUGCUGGACCACUGCUGAGAUUCCGAAAAACGAUAGGAGCUGAGAACGUUCAAAUUUACUGCGACAUUAAGAAGAAACAUAGUGCGCAUUCGAUUACAAGUGACGUUUCAUUGGCAGAGACAGCCAAAGCUGCCGAAUUUUUCAUGGCGGAUGGAGUUAUUCUAACUGGUCAGUGCACGGGCGAUCCAGCAAUCCCUUCUGAUUUCAAAGACGUUGCCAAAACUGUCAAUCUACCUAUAAUGGCUGGAUCUGGUGUAACGUCCUCCAAUUUGGCGAAUUAUGCGGAAGCACACGCGCUAAUAGUUGGCUCUGAUUUUAAACGUUAUGGAAGCUGGAACCAAGAAAUAGACGUCAACAGAGUACAGCAGUUAAUGGAAACAGCCGACAUGAUACGGAAUAAGCAAUGUAAGUUCGAUUAACUAAUGUAAAUAAAAUUAUCAAACCAAAGAAAA